AUGCUGGUAAAAUAUAUACGGCGGAGCUUUUCAAAGAAGUUAGACAUGAAAUAUUGAAAGCCGGUGAAUUGAUAGUUAGGGAGAAAAGCGAAGUCGGGGGUAGGAAGGCUUAUAGAUUGACAAAAUAUUGUAAGGAUGGUUAUGAAAGAAGUGUUGUUUAUGAUGGUUCGACAUUUGAGUGUUCAUGUAAGAGGUUUGAGUCCCGUGGCAUUCCGUGUUCUCAUAUUUUUUACGUAAUGAAGGAAGAACACGUUGAUCGUAUCCCAAGCAAUUUGGUUUUGACGCGAUGGACCAAGGAUGCAAAAAUUCAGUUUUUGAACACCAGCAAUUUUAAUGAUAAUGUUGAUUUGAAUACGAUUGCCGAAGCUCGUUUUGGUUCAUAUUGUACUGUUUUAACAGAGUUCUGCAAAGAAGCUUCAAAAAAAGAUGGUGUUUAUGCACAAAUAAUGGAAGACCUGAUGCAGCUGAAAAAAAAGUAUUGCAGUAAAGAUGAUGAUGCAAUCGGUACACAAAAGUCAGCAGUAGGCGAUCCAGUUAUGGUUAAGUGUAAAGGUGCUCCAAAGAAAAAGAAUAAUGUCGCAAAAUCUGGCAGGCGCCGUUCAAAUGGCAAAAAUACAACUCCUAAUUCGAAGAGAUGUUCGGGUAAACAACAAACGACAGAACAAGUGGCAGAACCGAAUGUCGAUUUGUACUCGGUGUCGAUUUCUGAUUCUGUAAGCCAAAUUGCUGAGAAAAGGAAAAGAAAAGAAGCUUGCAAUGUUCAAAGAAGUGUGCAAAACAAAACUUUGUAUCCGCCGAGAUACCGCGCUGCUACCGUUACGACACCUGAACAUAUGGAAUUACAGAGCACAAGCAGAAUUAUGAAUCAACAACUGUAUCCUAUGAUGCCUAUCGUACAUCCGAUGAUUCAACCGAUGCCCCUACAACCCAUAUACCCAAUGUAUGGACUGCAACCUGGAAUGCAACAAGGAAUGCAACAUGGAACGAAUGUUGGUCAAAGUUCAUGCUAUGGUCUGCUACAACAUGUUAUGAAAUCUGCUAAGAAUGAUUGACUAUUUUGAGUAGAUUUGAAUGUAUUUUGGUAAUAGUUAGGUAAUGUUUAUGGAUGAUUUUGGGUGUAAUGUUUGUGGAUAAUUAUUUUGGAGAUAUUGAAACAAAA